AUGAAUAUUUGCCGACCAACACAAAAUCUUGGAGAGGCUGUGCAUGGCCAUAUUCCACUUAAUGCAUGGCAACCAGUUAGUCCUCAGAAUAUGGGACCACCUUCUAAUGCUGGCAUACAUGGGUUUAGGAUUCAUUCACUUCCUAGGUCGGGUGAUAUGGCAAUACCUUCAACUCUGGGUGGCCCCUUUGGUGGUCCCAGUGGUGUUGCAGAUGGUUCCCACCCCAAACUAGCAGUUUCAUAUGCUGCUACAUCGCACUAG